AACACUGAGUCAAGGAGACAUAAAUAUUAUGAUGAGAAAUGGGAAAUAGUUGAACCUAAAGAAUGUGUUCUUGGGGUGAGAAUGGAUUUGCGCAGAGAUAGAACUACAGGCAGGUUCCCGUAACGGACAAGUGCAUGUAUGUACCCAUUCUGGGUACACUGAAAUCAAUAUUCAAAAACAGUCCAGUUAGAGAGAGUUUUUUACAGGACAAACAGAGUGGAAUUGGAGUUAACAAAGACAUUAAUGAUGGGUCGUAUUUCCAAAACCAUGCACUGUUCUCGCAGCAAAAGCACGCUUUACAGAUUCUACUCUAUUACAACGAUUUUGAAACUGCUAACCCUCUAGGUUCCAAGAGGGGGAUCCACAAACUUGGUUGUAUCUAUUUUACUCUAAAAAAAAAAAAUCUUCCACCCAAGUGUAACUCUGUACUAAUUAAUGUACAUCUUGCAGCUCUAUUCUACAUGGAAGAUCUUAAGACAUAUGGUUUUGAUGUGAUACCAAAGCCCCUUAUUGAUGACCUGAAAAUCUUAGAAACCGAAGGCAUACAGCUUCCUUGUUUUGAACAACCUUUGUUUGGCUCAGUAAUUCAAGUAACAGGAGAUAAUUUGGCUUUAAAUGGCUUACUGGCAUUUGUGGAAUAUUUCAGUGCAACUAAUUUCCAUAGGUUCUGUUUAAUUAGUAAGGAAGAAGUUCAAUCUAUAUUUACUGAAGAUCAUUCUGGGUUAAUUUUCCAUUCCAAAGAGGUUCAUACUGAACAUUGUAAGGCACUAAAUGAAAAUCCUGAACUGCGGUCAAUAUAUGGUGUCAAAAAGUCAUGUGUGCAUAAUUCAUUACAGUAUUUCCAUUGUACUGAUAACUAUGCUGUUGUCAUCAUUCAUGAUCUGCUAGAGGGUGUGGUACAGUAUGAACUUAAACUGUUUUUUGAGUACCUUGUUAAACAGGACUAUGUCUCUUUGAACACAUUGUCAAAUAGGAUACAGAGCUUUAAUUAUGGUUACACAGACUGUAAAAACAAACCAAGUGGGUUAAAAAUGGAUGAUAAGGGCAAACACCUGGGUUUGAAUGCCAUACAGUUAUGGUGUCUUCUGCACAACACUCCACUGAUAUUUGGUGGUCAUUGAAAGGAAUAACAAUCACUGGAACUUUCUCCUGCUUUCGAUACAGAUUGUCAAUAUAGUGUUCUCCUACACCAUAACUGAUGGGAUGAUAUGUUACUUAAAACAUCUGAUCUGUGAUCACCAUACUCUAUUCAAAGAAUUGUUUCCUGACAAGAGGUCGAUUCCCAAGCACCACUUGAUGAUGCACUAUCUGAGAUGCAUAAAAAAAUUGGCCCUCUUAUCCAUAUGUGGUGAAUGCGAUUUGAAGCUAAGCACCAUAUUUUCAAAAGAUGUGGCAAAAAUUUCAAGAAUCUCAUUAAAUCAUUAGUAAAGCAACAUCGUCAAUUGAUAUUUAACUGUGAAAAUGAUUGUUUUAGAAGGUUUUAAUUGUUUUUAAUUUGGCCCUACAUCAAAAACCAUCUGUAACUUGCAAGGUGGGGAAGAACUCAGUCAGACAUUAUAUUUAGAAGCCUGUUUGAGUGUUACAAGUACAAAGUGGGUCAGACAUUAUGGUACUGAGUAUCAGGUUGGUUUGUUCAUAUGCACUGGAUGUACCUAUGAUCUCCCUGUGUUCAAAAAGGUCUGUGAGAUAAUAAUAUAUGAAGAGUGUUUUUACAUUACAGGAAAUUAUGAAAGCACUAUGUUCUAUGAUGACCACUUCAAUGCAUACUCUAUGGAAGAUAACCAAAUGGAUGAGUUUUCUGUCAUCUCUGUGAACGAACUGACACAUUUUUGACCAGCCAUUUGACCAGCAAUGCUCUAAUGAGAUUAAUCAAAGAGAGUACAUAGUGCCCAAUUGUUAUAUUUAGAAAGACUUGACAUGAGGGGUCAGUAAUGUUAACGCCCUUGAAAAAAUAAAACCAUUAUAAAGCAAUCAACUUGUUUUUUUUUUCUUUAUUUGCCUUUUAGAUUUGUAAUCAUUUAAAUGUAAUUUUAAUUGUGCAGUAGCAUAUUAACACUUUAUAGUGUUAGAGGCAACUCAUUUAAUAGUAUGCAAUUACCACUAUGAGAUUUAAUGAAUUACUCCUAUGAGAAUUAAUUUCUAACACUACCCACUGGUGUUGAGAAACUAACACUUGAGUAGUGUUCAGUUGCAACUAUACAAAGAGUUGAUGUGAACUCUAUUAAAGUGUUAAAAUCCCAAUGUGGAGUGUGGACCCCUCCAGACACUUUAAAAGUGUUUACAUUAAAUCCAAUAGAGUUGAUUUCUUUCUGUGGAUUUUGCUGUGUAUGUAAAUUAAUAUGUUCCGUAGGUGGCCUCAUCUAUUUCACUCGAGAAGAUCCAGAACUAGGGAAGAAGAUUACAGUGUUAAUAUUAUAUUAGAAAAGAAUGUGUGUACUUUAUGAUGUUGAUGAAUAUACUGCUAUGUACAUGAUAAAAUGUGAAUGUAUUAUUAUUGUUUAAACUAUGUUGGCGUGCGCACACACACAGACAGACAGACAAAUAUAGUGAAAUCAGAGCAGCCAGCCAUAAGAUCCGUUAUGACAUCACGGUCAGAGUUCUAGAACUAACCUGAUGGUAUGUUUGACGGUUGUUCUCUUUAUGACGCCGGGAAUCUCGAGGUUUUUAAACGCUGUGGUGUCUGAGCAGGCCUAUAUUCAUUUGAACGGAGUUAUAUUUAAAUCUUUGGUCUAUCUAACCUUUUCCUUUUGUUUGUUUAUCUAACAUGUUUAAGAAUGGACAUUGAACUAAUGUCUCCAGAUACAUGUACAGCUGUUUUGUGACAAUGUAAAUUUGUACAUGGAAAGGUUUUUUUUUUUUAUGUCAAGUGAUGAAGGUAUGUUCUUUAAAAACGAGAUGAUGACGAUGAUGAUAAUAAUAAUAAUAAUAAUAAUAAUAAUAAGCUACUGUUAAAUAGUUCAGAAGCUCCGUGUAUCGUCCUUGAUAUGUGAAAAUGAUACAAUUUAUAGUAAUAACGCUAAUGAGCUGUAUCUGUGUACACUAGCCCAAAUCUACCUUCUGUUUCAGGCGGCGUUGUGUGUUGCGCUGGAUGGAGCUUGACUGCCCUCGUGUGUCCAACCUCGGGAACGGCAAUUUCCCAGAAGCGGUUUUCUGGGCGGCAUUGUGCUGGAUGGAGCUUGACUGCCCUCGUGUGUCCAAACUCGGGAACGGCAGUUUCCCAGAAGGGGUAUUCUGUUCCAAGUUCGUGGUAGUUAGCCAAGAAAUAUUACAUGAUUACUAUUACUCUCCCC